AUGCCAUGCCCAUCGGCGGCUGUCGAAUAUUCACCGACACCUCAACUGAUUGCAAUCUUCAUUUUUUUAGUGGCACCAAUUUUUUAUUUAAUCGGUUGUCUUUUGAUCGGUCUCAUACGGUUGCUGGCCAGUUUAGUGAAAAUGAUCGUAUCGAAAUUCUUCGCGAUGCUCUAUUCCGACUCUACUAAUCCUCCCAACAAAACUACUGACGUCGUCAGAUAUCCAUCCAGCUCCAUUAAGGAGAGUGAUAGUGCUAGCAGUGCCCGCACAAGCACGAACAGUAGCAAGGAAUCACUUCAUCGAGAGAACUUCAAUGAUGCUGCUGAUCAGUCGUCACAUCACAGCGAAUCAGAACUGGAAAAUGAUGUGUCGUCAGUCGAAGAGAAUAUGACGCAGAUGGUGCAGAAUGGAGACGUUCACCGACGAAAAGUUGCGAAAUGCAGUGAAUCGGAAGCAGCAAUAUCAUGA